UGUAACUUGUGGUCACACUUAUUUCGCGAGAGUGCCAAGAAACGCAAAUAAUGUUUACGUUUUGUUUGCAAAUUUAACAAUUUAAUCAUGGAAAUUGACCAAACGCCCCCAAAUGCCGCCACAUCCGACACGAAUUCAGCGUGUGGUGAGUUCAUGGAUGCGGAGAGUGAGCCAGAGCAAGACGAACGCGAGCUCAGCGCUGGCGAUCUCUACCAGGAGGCGGAACUUGAAGCAGAGGCUGAGCAACAGCGUCAUAGUAUUAUCUCGGAGCUGCGUGAUGAGCUGAGCUCGCGAUCGCGACCACGUUCGGCGCUCAGCCCAGACGGCGAUGGCCCAGGGGCAGCUGCGGGACAAUCUAGAGAUUUAGCUGCUUCCGUAGAAUCGCUGGCGCUGAGCACUUCAACGAGCGCCAGGACCGAGGAUAGUGGCUCGUCAAAUGCAUUGGACGAAGAUGCCUUUGAUUAUCAGCAUGACAGCGUGUGGCGUGGUCAGAAAAAGCACAUAUUUAUAUUAAGCGAGGCGGGCAAACCAAUUUAUUCGCUGCAUGGAAACGAGGAUAAGCUUGUCACAUUAUUUGGCGUCAUACAGGCGCUGGUAAGUUUUGUACAGCUUGGUCAAGAUGCCAUAACAUCUAUACAUGCGGGCGGCAUUAAGUUUGCCUUCAUGCAGCGUAACUCUCUGAUUCUUGUGGCUGCCUCCCGCACCAAUAUGAGCAUUCAACAGUUGCAACUUCAACUUAGCGACGUAUACUAUCAAAUACUCUCCACGCUCACCUAUUCACACAUUUCUAAAAUUUUCGAGAAGCGCAAGAACUUUGAUUUAAGGCGACAUCUAACCGGUAGUGAGCGUUUAAUCUACAAUCUGCUGGCGAACGAUAGCAGCAAUGCCAGGGUCAGUAACAAUAUCUUCACAUUUCUGACCAACUCUAUACGCGUCUUUCCACUGCCAACAACUGUGCGUUCGACCAUUGUGAGCGCCAUACAAAGCAAUUGCUCAAAGAUCAAGAAACUGGUGUUUGCCGUGCUGAUAGCCAACAAUAAAUUGAUUGCUUUGGUGCGGAUGAAGAACCAUUCCAUUCAUCCGGCGGACUUGCGUUUGAUCUUCAAUCUUAUUGAGUGUUCGGAGUCGUUCAAGAACUCCGAAAAUUGGACUCCGAUUUGUUUGCCCAAAUUCGAUAUGAAUGGUUAUUUGCAUGCACAUGUUUCUUAUCUCACAGAUGAUUGUCCGGCCUGCCUGCUCCUCAUGUCGGUAGAUCGUGAUGCAUUCCACAUAUUGUCCGAAGCCAAGGAGCGCAUCACGGAAAAGCUACGUCGCAGUCUUUGUCUUCAGGCCAUCAAGGAUGAGCUACAACAGCCGUACAAUGCGAAGCUAUAUCAGCAGGUGGUCAACAUACCCGAUUUGCGGCAUUUUCUGUACAAGCCAAAGGCAACGGCUCAAUUGCUGUGCCCCAUGCUAAGACAUCCAUACAAAUCUCUUCAAGAAUUUGAGCGCCUCGAGGCCAUCUAUUGCAGAGUGUUGCAUCGCAUACACAACACUGCAAGGCCACUGAAAUUAAUCUAUGAGGUGAAGGAGCGAGAAGUCGUGCUUGCUUGGGUAACAGCCACCUAUGAACUGUAUGCCGUGUUUGAUUCGAUUGUGGACAAGGCAACAGUCAUUAAGAAUGUAGACAAGCUAAUCAAAUGGAUCGAAAAGGAAUACGAUGUGUAUUUCAUACGUAACCAUGCGACCUUCUAAAUGAUUUGUAUAAUAUUCGAAGCAAUUAUGACACGUGAAUGUAUUUGCGAAUGCCUGCUUAAUUGUUUAGCAAUACGAAACUGAUGUUGUUGUGUUUGCAGUUGAAACUACUAUACUACAAUAUAGUAUAUAUUAUGAAUGAUUUUUUAUACAUAAGUCUAUAUGUAUGCCAUUUAAUAAGCAUGUACAUUUGUAAUUUAAAGCAUUAAGUAAACUGAACAAAGCACUGA